AUGGCAGUGUCUGAAACUUGUCCUUGUUCUUCUUCACCACCUUCCUCGCCGGGCAGUUCAACGUUAAACAGCCCGAGUAUACAGAUGGUUUCAAAAUCGGUAUCCGAAAGACUCCUCGGAAAAUUCUUCGAUGCAUCUCAAUACGAUUUCGAUUACGAGCAGAGCUGUUUAUGGUCUCCUCCAGUGAGAAGAAGCGUUUACUUGACAUCCCCUGGUAACAUCGUCAUUUGCUCUCAAGAUGAAUUGACCUUCUCCGAACUCAAAAAUGCAAAGAAGGCUUGCAGGUGGCGUGUUCGCAGUAUCGCUUGCUUCAGUGCCCUUUGGUGCUGCUCUUGAUGAAAACCUUGU